GCUGCUGCUGCUGCUGCUGCUGACUACUGCUCCUGUCACUACCAUCCAUCCAACGGUCGAAUGCCCCCAUUGCCUUUGCCACCCUGCGUGCCUGCGUAAAUACAUGUAAUGCAGGGCGCCAUGACGACACCCAGGCGGAAAGCUUGUGUUGAAUGCAGACAGCAAAAGGUCAGUGUCCAGCCUUUUGCGACCUUUGCGCCGACCAGUGCCAGACGGGCUGUUGCGCCAUACCAACACAAAUGUUGAUCCAAGCAGAUUCGUUGCGAUGUCGAGCAGCAUAAAACCCCCCACGAUCCUUGUGGGAGGUGCAAGAAGAUGGGCCUGGAAUGCCGCAUAUUGCCCACAUCCACUCGCAACCUCCGCCAAACCAAAGCUGAAAUGCGUCGCGAAUUGGAAGAGCUGAGGUGGAAUAUGCGCCAGCCUCCGGGGUCCAAUCCUGACGGCACCAAUUCAGCUUUCCAUAGCCCUAGCGCUGGCACAUUCUCCGGCCCUCCAUCUGGUGAUGUGACCGAAACCAGUCUGAGUCCAGCGUUUGGCGGAUCGGGGAGUGUCAAUGACGGCAGUUCUGGAGGCGGUGCAUCGAGAAAAGGGAGUCAAGGCCAAACCCUAAGCAGAGCCUUGGAUGGAUAUGUCGUUGAUGCGAAGCGCGUCGAUGAUUGUUUCGAGCUCUUCUUCUCGCAAUAUCAUGCGCUGCUUCCAGUUUUGGAUUCCUCCAUGUCUCCUCACAGCCCGAAUGAAUACUACGAACUCUCACCUUUCCUAUUUUGGGCCAUUGUUGUCACAGGAUCGAGACAGUACCACGAAGACCCAUCUAUACUGGACAAGAUCAGUCAACUCAUAACCCCUCUUGCAUUUUCCUCCAUGGCACUCCGUUCCACUCCAAUUCCAGUCAUACAGGGUCUCCUGAUACUGUGUACAUGGCGCCUACCUACCAACUCCAUGUACAAAGACAUGACCCACAUGCUAUGUGGAGCCGCAGUACAUUUGGCAACUCAAAUCGGCCUCCAUGUCGAUGGUGUUGGCCAGGAUUUUGCCAGAAUGCCAUUGAAGAAAGACCAAGACCAGAAAAUAUUCAGGGCCAAGAUAUGGAUGUACUGCAUGAUUGUGUCGAUAAGAACGAGUUGCGCGGAAGGUAUACCACCCCUCGUAAUUGCUGAUACCUUUUUCGAUGGCGACGAAAAGAAACGAGAAGACACUUUGGCGCAUCUGCCCGUGGGUCUGCAAUUCAACCACAAACUGCAUGUAAUCCUACACAAAGCUAUGGCUGCCAUGGCGCGAACGGACUUGAAAUCCGUCAACUGCAACGUUGGCAUAUUGCGCUCCUUGAUCGGUGUUUUUGACUCACAACUGCUCCUUCUGGCGGCGACAUCACCUAGCGACCCUGACACCUUUUUUCUCAACUGUGCUCGAAUACACGUUCUAGCCUUUCACUUCUUCGCACACCCAACCAAUCAAAAUCCAGAUGCGGAAUCACUAAGCCGUCUCUAUUCUCUUUGCAUUUCUACCCUCCAGGCAUCAAAUACCUUGGCCCAGCAGAUGUCACAUGCAUUUAUCUCGCAAUCCUUUAUCGAUCGGACCGUCGAACUAGCAGGGUUCAUCAUUCUCAAGCUCUACAGAUCUCCGCUCGCCGUUCAUCUAGAUCUUAGCGCUGGCGAGACUGCUUUCUUCUAUGGUGUGAAUGUUACGAAGGCCUCCAGUAUGCAGAACAACGACCUCGCGUCGCGGUGUGCCAACAUCAUGAUAAAUCUGUGGGGUAGUAACAAGAUAUUCAGACGAAGAGGAGGCGUAGUGGAGAGUCUGGGAUUGAGGCUGCGCACGAGAUUGAGCAUGAGCUUGAGCUUCGAUAUGUUCUGGUACUGGCGAGAGGAAUUCGGGCAUAUGAGCAAUCCGUAUGACAAGGAGGAGGUGGCGGCAACGACGGCAAGUAACGCCCAAAUACGGCCAACAACGCCUGACUAUCAGAAGGAGCACCAAGAUGCCAAGCAUAACCCAUCUGCACAGCAGCAACAGCAACAACCCUUGCAACAACCGCAACAACAACUACAGCAAUUGCAGCACCAGCAGCAGCAACAAAUUCAGCAGCAGCAAUCCCAACAACAGCUUGCACAACAGGCCACGACAACUAGUGUUCCUCUUCCAGCCACCUCCGCAUCUCUUCCGCCAAAAUUUGAUCCCAAUCCUGCUUUCAUGGGUCACAUCCCUCAAUCCAACCAAACGCCUGUUAGCUUCGACGGCUGGGAUGGGUCGGACUACAGUGCGCCGCCUAUGCUCGACCAAUUUCCAGAUUAUGAUUGGGCUGCGAGCUUCGACUUCACGAAUGAAUGGUCGCAACCACCCAUGCACGGUAUUGCAGAAAGCGGGGGAUAUCAGUUCGGCUGAGACCUGGAAGUCGUCGCCCAACUACUGCCGACUCAAG